AUGCUUGCUGCGUCGUUGAGAGCACACUGUGCACGACCAAAUGUUUUUCGCUCGGCUACAGUGCCGCGCAUUGUGGUAAGCUCGCCAGUGCGUAUGCCAGCUAUCCGCCUGCCGUUGCGUAUGUAUGCAUCAGAUUCAGGUGCACAGGAAAUGGCUGUGCGUGAUGCGCUAAACUCGGCUAUGGAAGAGGAGAUGCACCGUGAUCCGAAGGUCUUUUUGAUGGGCGAGGAAGUUGCUCGCUAUAAUGGUGCAUACAAAGUGACGAAGGGAUUGCUUGAUAAGUUUGGUGAGGACCGUGUGAUCGACACACCUAUUACAGAACAGGGAUUCGCGGGUCUUGCCGUGGGUGCGGCGUUCGCUGGUCUGCGCCCGAUCUGUGAAUUUAUGACAUUCAACUUCGCCAUGCAGGCAAUUGAUCAGAUCAUCAACUCGGCCGGUAAGACGCAUUACAUGUCUGCUGGCUUGGUAGCGGCUCCUGUGGUGUUCCGUGGUCCGAACGGUGCAGCUGCUGGCGUUGCUGCACAGCACUCGCAGGACUACACAGCUUGGUAUGGCCAGGUGCCCGGGCUCAAGGUUGUGAGUCCCUACAGCUCCGAGGAUGCGCGCGGUCUGUUGAAAGCUGCGAUCCGCGAUCCGAAUCCGGUCGUUGUAUUGGAAAAUGAGAUUCUGUAUGGUCAUUCUUUCCCUGUGUCGCAAGAGGCUCUCUCAGAAGACUUUGUCAUUCCAAUCGGCAAGGCAAAAAUUGAGCGCUCCGGUAAGGAUGUCACAAUUGUGUCACACAGCAUUGGUGUGGACCACGGCUUGCGGGCUGCCGACAUGCUGGCCAAGGAGGGCAUUGAGGCCGAAGUGAUCAAUCUCCGUUCAAUUCGUCCACUUGACAUUGAAUCGGUGAUUGAGAGUGUGAAAAAGACGAACCGUCUUGUGACCGUCGAAGGUGGCUUCCCUGCGUUCGGUCUUGGAAGCGAAAUCUGUGCACAGAUCAUGGAGUCAGAGGCCUUUGAUUACUUGGAUGCGCCCGUUGAGCGUGUCACAGGUGCUGAUAUCCCUACUCCAUAUGCCGAGAACCUCGAGACACUCUCGUUCCCCACGCCUGAAAUUGUCGCUCGCGUCGCCCGGCGUGCUUUGUACCGCGUGUAA